UUUCCUGUGAAUACUUGCAAGGCUGUGUGGGUGCUGCAGGAUGCACUGUGUACUCAGGUGGAGUGGAGUGAUACCAUGGCAGCUCCUUGGGCAGUUCUGCUGUUGCAGCUGCAUAUUGAACUCCACAUUUCUCUGCCGUUUUGGUUGUGAAUGACCUAAAGACCUGAAUCAAGUGAUUUUGGGAAACCAGAUGUUCAGGGGGUGAUUGUGUUGCAAAAGAAGGGUGUGACUGCAAUGCAAGCUAAGCUGCAUUAACUUCGGUUUGGGUUGCACAAAUUACAACAGUAGUAGAACUGCAUGAUGAGAGCCACAGAGCCUCAGGACCAUGGAGGAUUUUCCAAUUCCUCUGAACUAAUUGUAGCAUAUAUAGGUAACAUUAACCUGCUUGGUAGAUUAAGUGGUUUGGAUUUGACCUGUCUACACACAAAUCAUUUAGUUUUGCUGCAUAACACUUCAGACUGCGUCUAGGAGGCUGCACUAAGUAAUGUAAUGUAUGUAUUGGAGGCUGGACCAAACACACUGAAUCAAGUUGAUCUGUGCCUCUUGUGCCAGUAGCAUGUGAAUUUUCUGAAGUGAUCAAAUGUACUAGGUUUGCUCUCUGCAGAAUGUAUAUUUCAUUCUCUUUUUCAGGAACAUCAACGGCCCUUAGGAUGUGUUAUCGUGGUUAUGGUUAUCCCCUGAUGCUGUUCUUGGAAGAAGGGGGAGUAGUGACAGUGUGCAAAAUUAACACUCAAGAACCUGAGGAGUUGUUAGAUUUUGAUUUCUGCAGUACAAAGGUGGUUAAUAAAAUCAUCCUGCAGUCAGAGGGGCUACGAGAAGCAUUUGCUGAACUGGAUAUGACCAGUGAAGUUCUGCAGAUUACCAUGUCUCCAGAUAAACCCUACUUCAGGUUAUCCACUUUUGGAAAUGCUGGAAGUGCACAUCUGGACUAUCCUAGGGACUCUGAUUUGAUGGAAGCAUUCCACUGUAACCAGACUCAGACAAACAGGUACAAGAUUUCUUUGCUUAAACCAUCUACAAAGGCACUGGCUUUAUCUUGUAAAGUGUCCAUUCGAACAGAUGCUCAAGGAUUUCUUUCACUUCAGUAUAUGAUCAGGAAUGAAGAUGGACAGAUCUGUUUUGUGGAAUACUAUUGUUGCCCUGAUGAGAAUAUUACUGAAGCAGAACUGUAGAUCUAUGUGCUGGCAUCUGUAAUAUAUUUUUUAUUAUAUAAAAUAUGAUAUUUUUUUUACUAAUUAAAUGAAAGCUGUAAAGAUU